UGAAAGUCUAUGGACGUCUUGGUCAAGGGUUUCGAUAUUUCAGUUGUGGUUAAAAUUAAUUUUAUUGUCAAAAAAUGUAAUAUUAGUUAUUUGAAUUGAAUAUGAUUUUAUUAUCAAUGUAUAAUGUAUUUUUGACGUAUUAAGUUGGUUAUUUACGUACUGAAUGUGUGUUCUUUUUUUUAUACAAGUUAAUAUUAGAUUGACGUAAAAACGAAGAUGUCUUCUAAAAGUGAGUUGAAAAAGUUAUCCGAGGAAAGCUUGACAAGACAACCCGAAGAGGUUUUUGACAUAAUCUGCAAGCUUGGUGAAGGAUCUUAUGGUUCCGUUUAUAAAGCAUUGCACAAAGAGAGUGGGCAGGUGCUUGCGAUUAAGCAAGUACCUGUGGAUACAGAUUUACAGGAGAUAAUAAAGGAGAUUUCAAUAAUGCAGCAAUGUGAUUCACCGUACGUAGUGAAAUAUUAUGGAAGCUACUUCAAGAACACAGAUUUAUGGAUUGUUAUGGAGUAUUGUGGCGCUGGUUCUGUCAGUGAUAUAAUGAGGCUGAGAAAGAAAACCUUGCAAGAGGAUGAGAUAGCUACGAUAUUAUGUGAUACUCUUAAGGGUCUGGAAUACCUUCAUCUUAGGAGGAAAAUCCACAGGGACAUCAAAGCUGGAAACAUCUUACUCAAUAACGAGGGGCAUGCUAAGCUGGCUGAUUUUGGUGUAGCUGGACAGCUGACGGAUACAAUGGCUAAGCGCAACACUGUUAUCGGAACUCCGUUCUGGAUGGCACCGGAGGUAAUUCAGGAAAUCGGAUACGAUUGCGUCGCGGAUAUAUGGUCAUUGGGUAUUACGGCUCUAGAAAUGGCAGAAGGAAAGCCACCGUAUGGUGACAUUCAUCCGAUGCGUGCAAUUUUCAUGAUCCCCACUAAACCCCCACCAAGUUUUAGAGAACCUGACCAAUGGAGUGCAGAGUUCAUAGAAUUCGUUAGUGGCUGUCUUGUCAAAAAUCCUGAAGAAAGAGCGACAGCCACUGAACUACUCAAUCAUGAAUUUAUAGAAGGCAACGCGAAGCAGCCAAGUAUCCUUAGUCAAAUGAUAGCAGAGGCACAUGAAAUUAGAGAAAAACAGACCAACCGAGCACACGUUAUUAAUAACGUGGCUAUUAAAGGAAAAAUUCAUGCCGAUGAUUCGGACGAAGAAGACUGCAGUGGAACUAUGAAACCCCUUCCAGAAGAUGUUGGGACCUUGGUACCAGGUGUAGAUCUCCCUGACACUGGCACUCUAGUUUCUGCGAUGUUGGAUCUAGGAACAAUGGUUAUUAAUAGUGACACGGACACAGAAGCAACGAUGAAAAGGCAUAACACAGGAUCAGUUGAGUCUGGAAAAAAGUAUCGCCCGUUAUUUCUUGAUCAUUUUGACAAGAAAGAAGCAACUGAAAUUGGCAAUGACAAUGGCCACAUUCUUGCCGUACAUAAUACAGAAGCAGAACCUAAACUGGAACAACAGAGUCCAACAGAAUCUCAAAGGUUUCAAAGCCAUCUACAAUUACAACUCAAUCAAAUAUCAUGUCCUGUGCAAGAGCCGGCUCACAAUAACAUAUCGAAAUUUCAAAAUGCCUUCACAGAACGAGACUUUGAUUUCAUAAACAAGCAUGUCCUUCAGCUGAAGUUCCUCUCAUACGAGGAGCUGCAGCAACGCAUGGCCAGCCUGGAUGCAGAAAUGGAACGCGAGAUAGAUGAAUUAAGACGGAGGUACCAGACUAAGAGGCAACCAAUUCUUGAUGCCAUGGAUACCAAGCGAAAGCGUCAGCAAAACUUCUAACGCUUCGUAUGAGGCUUCACGCUAAUGUUUGCACGAGAAACGGUCUUGUCCAAUGCAUCAGCAUGCUUACAUACAUAUGUAUACCCAUAUCAACGUGUCUACAUUACGCUUCAAGCAUUGUCAGAAAAUGGCUCUCUUCUAUCUGCACAUCCGGUGACCUUGCUGGCCAAGGUUUCCUCCUUAUGAAGGCGGAGAAGGUGCAUCAGAUGGGCUUUUGAAUUGUCUUGAAUAAUAUUAAUGCAUAACUUUCCCAUGAUCAGCUCAUUUUAGAAGUAUACGUUUUGAGUAUGCAGUGAGGUUUUUUUUAAUCCGACAAAUCAAAUAUCACCUGAUACAUAUCUCGUAACUCAAUAACUAGCAUUUAAUAGUUCUAGUUUGAGUAAUUCCGCACUUAUACUAGCUACUGUACAUACCGACGUGCCAAAAAAAAAACAAAAAAAAAACCAAGAACAACAAA